GAGUUAAGGUUCUCCAUCGUAUAUAACAUGCUCCCGCGCUCCACCUUAAACAUAUCCUCCUCACAAAUCACCAACCUUCAUUCAUUAUCGUCUCCUUCCAAUUCCAUCAUUUCUUCCACAAAAAUGAGUUCUAUGGUUGAGAUCAAGAAAACAUUCGAUCGAAGAUCCGAGAGAGUUAAAUCCGUAGACGUGCAUCCUACCGAGCCUUGGGUUUUGUUAGGUCUGUAUUCGGGAAAUGUUUGUAUUUGGAAUUAUCACUCUCAAGUGGUGGAAAAGACUUUUGAAAUCGUCAAAACGCCCGUACGAACGUCAAAGUUUAUCGCACACAAGGAAUGGAUUGUUGUUGGAACCGAUGAUGGGUUCAUUCGAGUUUACAACUAUAACACUAUGGAAAGAGUCGUAGAAAUCAAGGCGCACGACGACUUCCUUAGGUCCGUGGUUGUGCAUCCAUCUCAUCCGUACAUACUUUCGGCAUCUGACGACAAGCUCAUAAAAUUAUGGGAUUGGGAGAAAAAUUGGGAAUGCGUUCAAACGUUUCAAGGGCAUGAUCAUUACGUUAUGCAAAUAGCGUUUAAUCCGAGGGACGCCAAUGUCUUCGCAAGUGCGUCACUCGACUGCACCGUCAAGACGUGGAAUCUUGGCCAUUUGAAUCAGCGUUCGUCAAUUGAAGGCCAUUUGCAAGGAGUGAACUCUGUGGAAUUUUUUAACACCGACGAAAAAUUGUACCUGAUCACAGGGUCUGACGAUAAUACCGUUAAGGUGUGGGACUACGAAACCGAGACUUGUGUUCAAACUCUUGAAGGCCACAGUCAUAACGUUACUUCAACACUAUGUGUUAAUUCUGACGUUAGUUCUAUCAUUACGGGAUCUGAAGAUGGAACUGUACGUGUUUGGGAUGCAAAAACGUACAAUUUAGACCAUGUGUUCACUUCUGAACUUGGUAGGGUUUGGACCAUCGGAUUUAUAAAAGACUCGGCUCAGAUCGUAUUCGGUUGUGAUGAAGGGACGAUCAUUGGUCAAGUUAUCUCUACUCGCGCUUGAGCAAAUCAUGGAUUUGUUUUUACAUACCAACAUAACGGAAUAUAUACGAAUAAAAUGUAUUUUGUUUGCCAUAAUAAUGUAUCUCAGUAUUUGUAUCUAUACGUCGUUUGAAACUAUAUGUAUAAUAAAAAAUAGUUACUUGUUUCAGUUAU